AUGAGGCUGUCAAUAUCUUGUGAUGCAUGUCGACGGGCAAAAGUCAAGUGCAAUCAUGAGGGCAAUCCGCCCUGCCAACGCUGUCAAAAAAUCAAAAGUGGCGAUUGCGUCCUGACGGAUCCUCGAGCUUCAAAGCCAGGCACAAGCACACGAGGAAGCACUACCAGAACUAGAGCAGGACAAAAGCGACGAGCAACCACUGCACUGUCUGAAGAUACAAGAAUUGAGCAGAGUCCUCGACCAACACUUUCACGUACAGGGUCAGAGAUUCAUGAGAACCCUAUAUCAGCUUUACCAUCAUCCAUGAUCAUCACCGCGGUGGAAACUUAUCGGAAGAAGUUUCCUAUCACGAAUUUCCUUCAUUACCCCUCUUUAAUUUAUGAUGUCUCAUCUAACUUUCAAUCGAUUGAUCCGGUUUUCAUUGCGUCGCUUCUCUCCUUGUGCGUGCGUUUCAUGAGCGGAGAUGGGCUCGCGGAUGAAGAAACGUACGCUGGCUAUGCCCGAAAACAUCUCGCCCAUCGUGUCAUGGAGGCCCCUUCACUUUAUCUUGCUCAAUCUCUCGUGAUGAUCUCAUUCUAUGAAUGGGGGACGGGUCGCCCUUAUCAAGCAUGGAUGUACAGCGGCAUGGCAACCUACAUGAUUCAAUCACUGCUGAAAAUGUCGGAUGAUAGUAUGGAGCAUAGUCCACACGAAUUCCAUGCCUCACAGACCCAGUACGAACAGCUUGUUCGUACCUACUGGUGUUGUUUUGCACAGGACUGUGAGCUGAGCUCUGGUGCUCGGCAGCAUUUUGCAUUGUCAUUUUCUCAAAUAUCGGUUCCACUUCCUAUAAGUGACAGAGAUUUCACAUUCAAUCAUCUGCCUGAGAGAAGAUUGAUGCCUGCAGAUAUGAACAAGCAAUGUUCAUUGGCAAGAAACCUGACCAUCGAGCAUGGUCUGACGAUAGUAACACGUGGAUUUGACAUCUUCGUGCGAAUCCUGAGAUUUGCGAACGAACAUCGUCGCGCUUUGGCAUCUUUAGACUCGGAUGAUUCCACAUCGCCUCUUCUUCAGACCUGGCAAACACUCAAGGGAGAGUUGGAUGAGUGGAGGACCCUGCAAGAUAUGACUGUUCGGUAUCCUGCUACAAGUGCCCAGGCCCAUGUCGCCCUCGGAUAUGGAGAGCUCUUUGCAUAUAUUAACUUGAUCUAUUUCAUGAGUGUAUUAUUCCUUCAUCGUGAUCGCUUCCUCUCAAACCUCAAACCUCAUUCCGACGUUUUCCAUGACAUGAACGAUGAUGAGCAACAAGAACCUGGCACGAUCAAAGAGCUUUUCGCAGCCGUGCAGAAUAUCAGCGGGGUUUUAUCAGCUUUAGAGGCAUCUGAAGCACCUGUGAUGACUCCCUAUUCGGGAUUCAGUGUCUUUGUAGCGGCACACAUCAACAUGUACGGAACAAUUGCACCAAUGCGAUACCCUGGUGGUCUCGAGCGAGCCGAAAAAGAAAAGAGCAAAAACCUCAUUUAUCUUGAGCGGCUGAGCCGACUGUGGCCUGUUGGCCGAAGCUGGUGGCGCACUGUGCAGGAAGCCAAUCGAUUUUACGAAACGGUUAAGAGUACUCAAACACAUACGGAAGCUGGUAUGCAGAGCCCCCGACGAUUUGCACUGGCGGGCACCUUGGAUGAAUAUGGUGAUAUUCGCUCCCGUCCAAAUCGCGAGACGCACAUGACUAGGUCUAUAACUGCGGAGCCUGGAGAAGCCGACAGUUCGCGUCAGUCCCAGGGCGAAAUUUUAUCCUCGCCAGUCCCAGAAAGUGAAGCUACAUUUCUUUCUCGGGAUCAUCCUGGGCUUGCCCAUGAUGUUGAAACGGAUAUGUUUCAGUGGCCCUUCAUUGACGCAUCAUGGUCUGCUGGGUUUGACGCUGGGCUAGACGGGCUGUGGCACCACUCUGGGUUAUUCGAUCCGAACCCAUCCUUAAGAUAG